AUUUUUUGCACAAAUUUAAUCUCGCAAACCAAUCAUGCAACCUCCAAGUCUACAUUGGCAUGUUUCUAGAUCUUUAAGGUGUCGCAAUUCCACCUCUUGAAAUCAAAAAAUUGCGAAAAAUUAGAACUCUUUAGCCCCCCUAAUGGCUCUAAAACACCGAAAACUAUUCCCAUCUUCGUCACCAAAUAAUACAUUCGAUGGUUGUGCUGAUAUAUGUGAUCCAACCAUUCCCUACCCUGAUUUUGAUGUUCUUGAACCACUGUUGUCGCCGCCUCCCCCACAGGAGUUUUAUUUCACUAGCCACAAGGCCAGCCAGCACGUAUCGCCUUACGUGAUUAUCAUAAUUACCUUACUUGCUAGCUUGUUUUUGCUGAUAGGGUACUACGUGAUCUUCGUAAAAUAUUGUAGGGGAUGUAGAAGGUUCAGAAGUACAACGAGACGAUCAUUGGAUGGUAGUGCAGAUGGAGGAGUGGAGUUUGUUGAUGAGGUUCAUGGCCCGAUUCUUGAUCAUCCGAUAUGGUACAUCACUACGGUUGGUCUGCAGGCUUCGGUUAUUGAUUCGAUUAGUAUUUUUAAGUACAAAAAAUGUGAUAAUUUGAUCGAAGGGACGGAUUGUUCUGUUUGCUUGACUGAGUUUCGAGAUGAUGAGAUGUUAAGAUUGUUGCCGAAGUGUAACCAUGCGUUUCAUAUACCUUGUAUUGAUACAUGGUUAAGGUCGCACACAACUUGUCCGCUGUGUCGUGCUGGGAUUGUGCCUAAUAAUGAUGCCAAUUUUUGCGCGGCUUUAGCUCAAAACGAUCAGAACUCUAGUAUUUCUGGCAGAAUUGAAGAAUUGAAUUCGGAAAAUGUAGCAGCUGGUAGUGAAGCAACGCGUUUUAAUCAGGUCCGAAAUGAGAUUAUUAGAAACAGGGAAGUUGUUGAUGAAGUCGGCUCUGCAAAUUCGAGCAAUAAUGUAAAAAGACUGAAGAGGUCGUUUUCAGUGGAUUUAAAUUCAAUCGGAGAUACUCUGGUGAUGAGUUCUGAUGAGAGAUCAUCAUCUGCUGCAGAAACUCUUGCUGUGAAAAUGAAGAGGUCAGUUUCUUGUAGUGGGAAAUUUUUCUUGUCAAGGCAUUUUCGGAGCCAGAGCGCUGUUCUUCCGUUGUAAAUGUUCAAGAAAAAUUAACUCCAGUACAUUUCAGUAUCGGUUCUUAGAUUCUCUAUUAGAAAGAGUGUAAUUGACAUAAACUAAAAACUGAUUCUGAAAUUUUUUUCAGACUGAUGUCUCCGUGAGUGCAGAGGAAUGUCUAAAUUUUUCACAUCAAUUUCGGACUAAUGUGAAAGAUCAUGUAAACCAUCAUUUCUGGUUAAAUAAUUGAUGUCUAAAAUUUUGAUUUUAA